AUGAAGAUACCAUUGCCGAACGCGUUUGCAGACGGAGAUGUGGAGAAGUGGAUUCGCGAUUUUGAAUUAAUCGCAUCAUGCAACGGCAUCAAAGGGAGUGCGCAUCUAGUUACUGCGUUGGGUACACUGCUUUCCGGACGAGCGAGGGCCGCUUACGAUUUGAAUUUGGAAAGCAACCAAGCUAUGACUAUGAAAAUUUGCAUGCCCUGUUGGUGA